AGAUUAAUAUUUUGUAUGUAUGUUAGAUGCUCUUCUAAGAUGUCAAAUGCUUCUCAGACCACCACCACUAUUGUACGGGGGUUACUAGAAAGAGUAAUUUUUUCCACUCUGACUACCGUACCAUGCUGCGUGUUCCUCUUCAUUAAUAUAAUCAUGCUGUUCGCCUUGAGGAGUAAACCUGUGUUUCGUGCAACUUCACGUUACAUUCUUCUGUAUAACUUGCUAUUUGCAGACACUGUACUGCUGGCACUGAGCCAGUUAUUGUACAUAAUUGCUGCUUUUAGAGUAAGGCUGACAUAUCCCGUAUGUGGUUUUCUUGUCAUGCUCUCUAGUAUUGUAACUGACAUCUCUCCUCUCACACUGGUGGUGAUGUCUCUGGAGAGAUAUGUAGCUGUGUGCUACCCACUGAGGCACGCUACCAUCAUCACCACCAGAAAAACAGGGGUGGCCAUCAGUGUAGUUUGGACAUUCAGUUCUCUAAAUGUUUUCAUCCAAGUUCUUUUGCUGUUAGAUUUUCCAUUUGAAGAACUGGAGAGCCUGAAGAUGAAAGGCCUUUGCUCUGACAUAGCUAUGUUUCUUGGCCCAAUGUCUGAUCAUUAUGACAAAGCUUAUGCUUGCUUUCUGUUUCUAUCAGCUGGUGUGACAAUAACUUGCUCCUAUAUUGGUGUGAUGAUAGCAGCCAGGUCGGCCUCCACAGACAAAGCUUCUGCCGAUAAAGCUCGUAAUACAUUGCUGCUGCAUCUGGUGCAGCUGGGUCUCAGUCUCUCAUCAGCUAUACACAACCCAUUGCUGGUAGCUGUCUCAAAAGUCUUAGACAUGACAGUAUUCAUACGAAUUCAAAUUGUUGUUUAUGUGUGUGUUGUCAUCUUUCCAAGAUGUUUAAGUGCUCUCAUCUAUGGUAUCAGAGACCAGAACAUCAGACCCAUCCUUGUAUACCAUCUAUGCUGUCGACUGAAACUGAGAGCCAAGGCUGAGGUCUCACCUUAA